GCCACUGUCUUCUCGCAGAAUUUUGCCUUGUGGCUACCAGCCAGACUACUUCCAGGUCGUAGCCAUUUUGAGUGCUUGACGGUGAAGAAGAGCGGAGUUGGAAGAGGCAAGCUCCAGGCGUAGGAAGUACAAGGUAAGAUAUGUGGGACCAGGGUGGACAGCCCUGGCCGCAAUGGCCGAUGAACCAACAGCAGUGGAUGCAGUCCUUCCAACACCAACAAGAUCCAGGCCAAGUUGACUGGGCGGCACUUGCUCAGGCUUGGAUUGCCCAGAAAGAGUCUACAGGACCUCCAGUGGACCAGCUGAACCUUCAGCCUAAUGGACAGGAUGUCCCAGGCAUGGAUCCUGUGAUGCCCAGUAACCGGAGCUCCUUCCAAGGGGAUGGCAACUUUGGCAGGAUGUGGCAACCUGAUCUCAGGGUAGCUGUGACAUCACCAAAGUACCCCAACCAACAGGCUAUAGAAUGGGGAAUGCAUGGCCAGCCACCUCCCCCGGUAGACCAGGCGUGGAUUCCUCCGGGGACUGGACCUAUGGAUGUGGCACCUCCCUCCGAGGACAGCAACAGCCAGGACAGCCUGGAGUUCUCUGAGGGCCACCACGGAGUCUAUCCCCAGAACAGCCACGGCUUCGGUGGUCCGACCGAGAACUACACCAUUAACACCAUGCCAAUGAACCAGUUCGAUUAUCAGCACGGGGCUGCUUCCACCUAUGGCCCCACUCCCCCGGGAUUCCAUCCUCCCUACUGGCAGCAGGGCCCACUACAGAACAGGCGGGACAGGCCCCCAGGCUUUAGGGACCGCCCGAGGUCCCCCAUCCAGCUCUCCAAACAAGAUGCCCCUGCUGUUGCCGCCGCCGCCCUUGCUUUCCCAGGCACGCAGGCAAACAGACACACACACACAGCCUCCAAUGACCUGGCUCUCCUCUCAGAUGCGGUGAAGAGGCGCACCCUUCCUGCCUGGAUCCGAGAGGGUCUGGAGAAGAUGGACAGGGAGAAGCAGAAGAAGCUGGAGCGGGAACGCAUGGAGAAGGAGCGUGCUGAAAUGGCUAAAGAUGAAGACAAAGAGGGCGAGGCAGCGGACGAUGGAGGUGACGGGCCUCGUUUACCCCGCAAGAGUAAAUUUGACAGUGAUGAUGAGGAUGGUGAAGAAGCGGAGACAGAGAUUGAGGACAGUGUGCCUUCCAGGAAGCAGGAGUUGGCUAGUAGAAGCCCCUCCCCUCCCCCGGAGGACCAGAGCGAACCGGAGAUGACAGAGGAGGAGAAGGAAUUCCAGUUGAUGAUUCUGACAAAAACUCUGCUGACAGAAAUCCUCCUGGAGGUCACCAAUGAAGAGAUUCAUUCUGUGGCUAAAGAGGCUCACCGCAAAGCCACCAAAGCUCCUGCCAAACAGCUGGCACAGUCAAGUGCACUGACUUCUCUAAUCGGCAUCGGUGGACUCGGCGACUACGGCUCAGACUUGAGCGAUGACGACGAGGAGGAGCACAGCGCCCGGGCGUCCGAGUCCUCCGACACGGACGAGGAGGAGCUGCGCCACCGCAUCCGGGAGAAGCAGGAUGCAUUUCGCCGCAAGGAGAGGGAGCUGCAGCAGCAGCAGGAGAGACAAGCCCAGGAGGCACAGCGUGUACGCGAAGAGAUGGCGCUGGACAGAGUGAACCGUGAGAAGGGGGAAUAUGAUGAGGCCCAGUUAGAGAGCCUCCACAAACAGGAAGUGAGAGAGAGGGAGGCGGAGCCCAUGGCAGAGAGACGCAGGUCUCGCAGUGAGCCUGAGGUCAGCAGUGAGGUCAGGCAGGCGGGCCGGGGGAAGGAACGCGGGGGAGGGCGGGGCACCAGCGGUUCCCCCAGCAACGGACGCAGCAGCAGCAGCUCCAGCUCCAGCAGCGCCAGCAGCCGGUCGUCUUCCUCCUCCUCCUCGUCCUCAGCCUCCUCGCGCUCGUCCUCGCGCUCCUCUUCGCCACAGAGGAAGAGGAGGCGCAGUCGCUCGUCCUCACACAGGACCCGUGGCAACCGGCGCAGCAGGAGCCGCAGCUCGCACAGACGCCGCGGGGAGCGCGUCAGCGACAAAGCCCGGGAAAGGAGGAAGGGCAGCAGAACCCGGAGCGCCGAACGCUCAACCCGCCACAGGAACCGCUCCAGGGAGCGCAGGGCCAGCAGGGGAGGCAGGAGCAGGUCCAAGGACAGGGUCAGUCGGAGCAGGAGCAGGGACAAGGAAAGGGACAGGAAGAGAGGCAGGGAGAGCAGAGAGCGUCAGAGUCACAGCAGCAGCAAGCACAAGCAGAAAGCCUCCAGCAAAGACAGGGACAGGAAGAAGGACCGGAGCUCCAGCCACGACAAGAAGGAGAAGAAGCGAGAGAAGGAGAGGGAGGAGAGGGAGAAAGAGUCAGAUAGGAAGAAGGAGAAGCAGAAGGCCAAGGAGAGGGAGAAGGGAAAGGAUAGGGAGGCGCCUGCUGCGGAGGAGAGCAACGGGAAAUCCAGGAGGCGGAAAGAGGGAUGCACAGACUCUCAGGGCGACAAGCGCUCCCGGCAUGAUAGCAAGGCUAGCAAGAAGGGCUCCGCCAAGUCCAGCAAAAGGUACUCUGACUCAGAGUCGAGCAGGUCCCCCACCCCCGAGGUUAGCAAGGAAAAGAAGUCAAAGAAAUCAAAACGUAGUCGCUCAAGAUCAACGGACAAAUCUCACAAGUCUGGUAAGAAGGCAAGCCGCAAACACAAGUCUAAGUCACGAUCAAGGUCCACGUCACCUGCCCGGCGAUGGCGUUAAGGAGCGCAGGGCACCCUGAUUUGUGCACUUUUAAAUUCCAUGAGUUUUACGGGCUUGUCUCAUUAUAGAGACAGCGGUGUAGGUGAACUCUCCCCCCAACCCUCCCCCAUCUUUGUAAAUAUGUGUUAUUUUUAAGUGCGAGUCGGCAAAUACAGGACAUUUUGAAUGCUAGGUUUUUGCUUCGUAUCAUGCAAAGCUCAGAGGCUUUGUAUAGUUCAUAGAAUCUUGGAAGAUGUGUCAUUUUAAAAAGAUUAACAGGAUCAAACGUAUUAAUGUCAAUUGUCCAAUAAAACUGAAAUGGUCCCUUGUCCUGGG